AUGCCGCCUCCCACCCACACGCCGCCGCCGCACCUGGGCCAGCAACAUCAACCACCGCGUCACCACCACAGUCACAGCUCCGGCAGCUAUGGACCGCAACCACCGCGGCAGCCGCUCGGUGGUGUAGGGCCGCCGCCGCCGCCCGGCUCCUUCGCUUCGGGAAGAGACCUCCCCGCCCUGAACUCGCUCACGCGAUCCUCACCAGCCUCAGGUAGCUCUAUGUCGAUAUCGUCGAUGCUGGGCGGCCCGCCACCGGCCUCGCGCGACUCGCAGCCUCCCCCGGCGCACUACUCGCCGCACUCGGCUCCUCCGACCGCAUCGGCGGCACCUCAGUACGGCUCGUCCAUCCACGCGUCGCCGCGCAUGCACUCGGCCUCGUCCGACUUCAACCCAUUUCGACGCCCGCAGACGCCCGACCACCAGCGAAACUACGACCCGCGCGGCAGCGCCGCCCCGUCCCCGCGAGGCCACUAUGCCACCACCCCCGACGUCCAGCGAUACAAUACGGCGCAGUCCUAUCACGCGAGGCACCCCUCCGCCCCUGCGGAAUCCGGCCGCGAGCCGGGCAGGACGUCGACUGGUCCGCCCAACACGCCAGGGAACCCGCAAAAACCCUUUGGUAACCUCCCGAGACCGAUCGAUUUGGCGCGCACAUCGCAAGAGGAGCUUUAUGUACCUCGCGACGACCCUCGACACGGCGCAGACUAUCUAGACCGCACUACCCAGAGACAUUAUCCUUUUGAUGAUCGAUACCGGUUGGAGCGCGACAGGCAGGCCGUACCCGACCAACGAGAGCGAGACACCAGAGAGCACGCAUACUCUGGUGGAGAACCGCGCCACGGCCCGCCAGAGCUCAACCCCCGAAACCAGCCAUCCUAUCCCAGGGCAGAGCCAGUCGACCGACGCGAAUCGCCUCGAGAGCAACACUGGGGUCGCCAGGCGUCCGAUCACAAUUAUCGCGCUCCGAUGGACCACCAGCGUGGCCAUCCCGAAUAUCCGCCCGCUUCCGGCCCCUACCCUUCGCAUGGCCCUGCUUACCAAACAGCACCACCACCGCCACCGCAGCAGCAGCAACAGCAUCAAGACCGCUACGCGCCCACGUCGCAUCCACAUCCUCAAAACUCUGCUGGUGGUCCUCCGCAGCCCUACGACCCUCCAGCUGACCGGGCCUCUCUGGAACGCUUGCACGCCGGUGCUCGCCCUCGCGAGGAGCAGCACCAGCAGCAACCCCCCGCUGGGUAUCACAAUCCCGUGCAUGGCCCCGUGUCGUACGACCCUGCCCGACAGAGAAACGGAGAUGAACAAAACAUCCAAAUCCAUCAGCGCAACCUUUUGGGCGUGCAGGAGAUGAAUCGUAAGGGGCGUCUGUCACCCCUCCCGCAAGCCGUUCAAGGCGCUCAGCCGCAGCAGCCAGGCCCCGCCGGCGAGCCGGGCAUCAAGAGCGAAUUCGGACGCAUGUUUGCUGGCAUCGGCAGUGGAGUAGGCAACAUGGGCGCUUCCAGCCCAGUCACAUCUGCGCCGAGCGGCCAGUCGGGCAGCGCCUUCCCCAAGGACGACGACCCUACUACAGACGGCACCAAGAAGCCGAGAAGAAGAAAGCUCAAAGAUGACGUUGACAAGCCCGAUGAUGAUAGCACCGGGAGGCGGACUCCUGUUGGACGUGGCGCUAAGCGCGUCAAAGGCCAUCACCACCAUCAUCAUCACCAUCAUCAUCACCACGCCCCCGACUCGGUAUCUUCACCUUUGGUAGGGAUAACGCCACUCAAGAGUGGCAAAUCAGGCGCGACGGUGGAAACUUUGGCGGACAAGAUCGCGUCUGAAACUCUCUAUCGACAGCAAAAUGCCGCGCGACUUGGGCAAAGUUCAACGCCGCAACAAAAGGUUAUCGAAAUAGUACCGCCCAAGACAAAGACGAUCGUAUCAUCCAAGGCCGUGUUGGAUUCGAUAGCACACAAACCUCGACACCAUCUCGGGGACUUUGUCUACGAGACGGAAAUUAAGACCGGCAGACUUGUACCUAGGACGUCGACAAACCGCGGAUUUUCGUCAACGCCCAAAUCGCUGCCCCUGGACCGCAUCAAGGGGAAGGAGAACAGCGUAUUAACUAUCAAGGUUCCUCGCGUGCAUCUUAUGCCUGUCGCGAGAGAGGAGAUUACUGCGCGGGCUUUUCUGUGGGGAACCGACGUCUAUACCGACGACUCGGACGCUGUUGCAGCUUGCAUUCAUUCAGGCUGGAUCAUGGGCGAAUGGGCUGAAGACGUUGAUGCCGCCAUGCUCAGUCUGGACAAGGCGGACGGUGCCAAGGAGUCUAAGGAGCCCAAGAAGCCUAAGCCACUGCCUGCUGAGCUCACAUCGGAGGGUCUCAUCGCGUCGGUACCCAACUCAGGCCCGAUGCCGAUCCCGGCGAACCGGGAUCUGCACAUCAAUGUGCUCAUCCUGCCGCGGCUUGUCAAGUACGCCAGCUGCACGCGACAUGGUGUCACAAGCCGCGAGUUUGGCGGCGAGUUUGGCGGCCGCCACCCAGUGCACGACGGCGUAAGCUACAUGAUCCAGAGCAUCAGGUGGGUGGCCAACGGCGGCCAGCCGCAGGCGCGGUUGCGCGGCCAGGCGAGACGCGACCGCAUGCGCAAGGCCAUGAUGGAGGUCAAUGUUAGUCUUGGCAACAUUGGCGGCGGCGGCGGCCGGGAGCGUGAUGCCGUCGCAGAGAAGGCGCAGGCCGCUGGCAGGCGUAGCGGCGAGAUAUCGGGCAGCUGGCUGAAGCCUGCGGACGCGGAGCAGACGCGCGCCGUGGUGGCUGCGGGCGAGGACGAUGUGCUGCCGUCGUCGUCCAAGGACGGAGCCGAUAAGGAGAAUCACACAGCUCACGGGGUUGCCUCCACCAAGACCGAGUCUAAGGAAGGACCGGGACCUGCGGAUAAGGACGUGGUAAUGGGCGAGGGCGAGGACGGCAAGCUCAAGAAUGGGGACGAGAAUGCCCAGGCGGCGGCAUAA